AUGGCCGCUAUCCGCCUUACGCUGGGUCUGACUCUUCUCGCUAUCGCCACCUGUCCGCUUCCCCAAGGAGAAGCCCUAACCAUUGUCGAGAUCAACCGGCUAACCCCGACCUUAACCCUCGGAGUCCCGGCCGCUCUCAACUUGUCGGGGGAGCUACUAACCGGCACAAUUCCCCAAGAGCUCGGCGACUACGGUUUCCUCACUGGCAUCGACUUUUCCAACAACCGGUUAAGUGGGCAAAUCCCCCAGGCUCUCGGGGGCCUUUUGAACGUGACUGCCCUCGACUUGUCUGGCAACCGGUUGACAGGGUUCGAACCCCGGGUUAACGCGGCUCCUAGUUUGGGCGACCUUGGUCAGCUCGAGUAUUUCAACGUGUCUGACAACCUUCUAAGAGGGUCCAUUCCGGAAGAGAUUGCAGAGUUGGCCAGGUUACAGGUUCUGGAUGUGUCGCAAAAUGGUCUUGAGGGCGGCUUCCCUACGGCAGUCACCAAAUUAACCAACCUCUCAAUUCUAGAUCUGUCAGGGAACAGGUUCUCAGGGCCCUUAGCACCGGAGUUGGGUUUGCUGGCUAACCUUUCGGUGCUUAACCUCGCCCAGAACGCCUUCACCGGCCCAAUUCCGGCCUCUUUAGCAGAGUUGCGUGCACUCGUGCAACUCACUCUGGCUCAGAACGCGCUCACCGGGCAGAUCCCCUCCGGGUUUGGCAACCUCGUUAACCUAACCGAGCUUGACAUCAGCGACAACUUUCUGUCCGGAGGGAUCCCCGUAGACGCGGCCGGUUUCCCUUCCCUAACCACGUUAGCCCUAGCCAACAACUCCCUGACUGGCCCAGUCUUGCCGGAGCUCGGCCGCGCGCAACGGCUCGAAAACCUAAACCUCUCCUCCAACGGUUUGAGCGGAACCCUCCCUGGAAUACUCGGCGCUCUCCCGAGCCUCGCAGUCCUGGCCGUCAACGAUAACAACCUGACCGGGGCAAUUCCCCUCGAGCUCGGCGAUGCCGCCAAGCUUCGACUCCUGUAUCUCCAGAACAACUUCUUUACGGGUCCCAUUCCCGGGAGCUUCAACCGACUGACGGAGCUUCUGCUUCUGGACGCCAGUAACAAUAGUUUGACGGGGCCCAUUCCUGGCGACCUGGGUGGAACGCCGAGCGCUUUGCGCUUCCUUAACCUCAAAACGAACCUGCUUUCCGGGCCGAUACCCCGCCCCGAAAACUUUCCCGAGCUCCUCCUGCUCUACCUAGACGAGAACGGGUUAACCGGAACCAUUCCCCCUGGGCUCGGGAACUUAACCGGCCUCCUUGCUCUAAACCUGGGGUUUAACAACCUAACCGGGGAAGUUCCCCGGGAGCUUGGGAACCUGGUUGAGCUCUUAGCCUGGAGUCUUAACCAGUUGACGGGUUCCAUUCCGGAGGAGUUUGCGGCUCUGACGCGCCUCCAAUUCUGCUUGCUUCCGUUCAACCAGCUGUCCGGUCCUCUUCCCCCGGGGUUCGCCGCGCUCCCCGACCUUUUGGCAUUGGCGCUCAACGGUAACCUUCUGUCGGGAGAGCUCCCUACGGGACUCGGCCAGUCGACGCAGCUGAUCUACCUCUUCCUCGAAAACAACCGGUUCUCGGGGCCGAUUCCCACCGACCUCUGCGACGCCAAAGGGCUGCAGAUUCUGGGCCUCUCAGGCAACGCUCUCAACGGGACGAUCCCCGCCUGCCUGGGGAGUCUCCCCGCCCUCUUCCACCUCAGUGUGUACGACAACUCUCUUUCCGGCCUGAUUCCGCCGGAACUGGGCUCCGCCGCUCAGCUCAACUUUCUUGUGUUGGCGGCAAACUCGCUAGAGGGCCCCAUACCCCCCACGCUUUCCAACCUGCGGAACCUCACCUUCCUCAGCCUCGAGCAGAAUAACCUGACCGGUUCGAUUCCCCGGGAGCUUGGGGCCGUGACGUCACUCCAGAUCAUUUUCCUGCAGGAGAAUGCACUCACUGGUCCAAUCCCCCCAGAACUCGGCAACCUGGCAAACCUGUCCCGGUUGAACGUGAGCUACACUGGGCUGUCCGGCCCCAUUCCGCCGGAGCUUUCCGGUCUGAAGAAGCUCAAGUACCUGUCGCUGCGGAACACAAGCUUGGACGGCUUCUUUCCUCCUGAAGCCGCGGCGAUGUCGAACCUCUCCUAUGCGCAGUUCACGUACAAGAGCCAGGCCCCACCUGAACCGGACCUGUCCUACGUUCCGUCCGCCUGCCAAUUCUUCCGCCUGAUCGGCGUCCAACUAACGAGCAUCCGUUUCUGGGGGUCGUGCUUCUCACCCAAGGGCUGCGUUCUCGACGUCACGGGUUCCGGUUCCGAACUCUCGCGGGCGACCAGAAGAACGGUUUGCCUGGGGAAGAUUGCCGUGAUGGUCCGGGGCGAGUCGCCGAAAUUCGUCCCGGUCGGCGCGCCGGAAAUCUUUCCGCUGUCGCUGCGAGAGAGGCGGGCGAACCUGGUGGAGACGCUGGGAGAAAUGCAGGGGCGGUUGGAUUUGCAAGUCAGAGACGACUACUUUCUGGUGGACGGACGGGCCGUCUAUCUGAACGACACCGACUUCCUGGAUAAGCUGGACUUCGGCCCCGGGAGCGCGGCAUACGUGGGAGUGGGCUAUACAAACGUGCGCCAGAAGAACCUGUGCAAGAACGAGAACGCGGUCCUCGUGGUGGCGGUCACGUGGGCGACCUUCGGCGUUCUUCUCGUGGUAUUGGUCGCCGCGUUGUGCCGCCGGAAACGGCGAUCCGGCCCUCCAAAAGAGCGCGGCGGAACGUCACGCAUUGUCGCAAACCUGAAGGAGCUGCUGGGCGUCCUGACAUCCCUGUUCAUGCCCGUGUCGGUCGCCCUUAAUAUCCUGGUCUUGGUAGACGUCUGGGGCGUUUGGCCGAUGUGGGUUCUCUUACCGUGCAUAGCCGGGCCUUUCCUUAUGUCCGGGCUUCUAGUGGCGGACAGCUGGGCGUGCAAAGGCGACCGGAAAGCCCUUCCGCAGGGGGUCCGUGUCGCCUGGUUCUGGCCCCCCUGCCCGCCAGACGCCGACUUCUCAACGGGCGGCGAAAGCAGCUUUAUCUCCGCGCGUCGCUUUCUGCUCACCUUGCUUCUGUGGCCGCUUGGAGUGUUGGCAACGCCCGCGUUUGACGUCUUGGGUAUUCUGGGGCGGUUGGGGGUGCAUCUUUUGGUGGGCGGGGAACCGCUCAGUUUUCGGUACUACCAGGAGGCGCGCAGUUUGCUGCAAACCGUGCUGGAGACGCUCCCCCAGUCGGUCUUCCAGUCUGCGCUGUAUAUACUGGGCAGCUCCCGGGCGACUCGCAUCUACGUCGACGACGAAAUUUUCGUCUCGUCCAUCGCGAUCUCGCUGCUCGGGAUCCUGUUCACCGUCGGAUCGCUGCUAAAGGAAGCCAUCGAACGGAGGAAGGGCUUUGGAGUGCUGAUCGUCGAGCGCUUCGCGGCGAUGAGAAGGCUGGCCCGCCUAGAGGUGGGGUCGCCAAAGUAUGCCGCGGAUCGAGGGAGUUUGGACGAGAAGAUGGCCCUUGAAUUGAGGGAAGAUUUUCCCGGCUCGCGUGCGUAGACACACCACUAUCAAAGUUUUAGCUUGGCAUAAGCGGGAACGGUACAGAAAGUGUAUCUAUCUUGCGUAGGGUAAUAGAGUUGGACGUCCCGGUAUUUAAGCGUGACUCAAGGCCGGUCAGUUGAAAGAUUGUCAGAUAAGCUCAGAAAUGUAACUUGAUACAUGGAAAUGCUAGCAUGCUUAAGGCGGACACACAAUAUCAGGAUAGUGACUGUAAACUUUGAACCAGACAGGGCCCGAUAUUGCUGUUUGCAAACCGUUUCUCCUGUCUUCAUUGUCA